UGCCCCCAGCAGGGCCGGGGGUGCGGGCGGUCACCCCACCAUGGCCUUCACCAUGCUGCGCCCCGUGGCCGCCCGCGUGCUCUACCCCGACCUCAGCAUGCUCUCGGAGGACGAGGAGAACCGGAGCGAGAGCGACACGUCGGACCAGUCGUUCGGCUGCUGCGAGGGCGCCGAGGCUCGCCGCAAGCUGCCGCGGAAGCCGGGGCCGAUGGUGAUGGUGAAGCAGAGGCAGGCUGCGAACGCACGGGAGCGGGACCGGACCCAGAGCGUCAACACGGCCUUCACCGCCCUGCGGACCCUCAUCCCCACCGAGCCGGUGGAUCGAAAGCUGUCCAAGAUCGAAACCCUCCGCCUGGCUUCCAGCUACAUCUCCCACCUGGCCAACGUGCUGCUGCUGGGCGAGGGCUGCGAGGACGGGCAGCCCUGUCUCAGUGCCAUCUAUGGCGCCAAGGGCGACCUGGACAGCAAACAGCCCCGCAGCAUCUGCACCUUCUGCCUCAGCAACCAGCGGAAAGGGGGCAGUCGGAGGGACAUCGGGGGCAACUGCCUGAAGGUGCGAGGGGUCACGCCCAUGCGAGUAUCGCGGAGAUGAGCCGGGGCCCGGCAGCACCCACCUGAGACAGCGGCAGAGGCAGACGGAGCCCGCACACGCCAGCCCAGAGACCGCAGCGGGGAGGGAGGGAGCUGCUCACCCGAAGUGGCAGCGGCCAAGCCCAGGCUGGCAUCACACCGCCACUGGCCCUGGAGCCGGCAGUGGGGCGGGAGGACGCUCCCGUGGCCGAGGCUGCCCAGCGGGGCAGGGCCGGGGAGGGGGGUUCCCUGCGCCCCGGGGCUGGACUGGAAGGGGCCUGUGUGCGGCCGGCGUCGAGGCGCUCCGGGGGG